AUGAAGUUCUCUGUAGGGUGUCUCCUGGUCCUCUUCUGCGUCGCCUUCGUCAGGUCAGACGAACCUGCGACCUGCAGAUGCGCUGUGUUCGUGUCCUCUCCUCAUAACGAGUACAUGGUCUACCAGCUGGACCCUGUCACGAUCGACAGUUGCGAGAGCCACAGCCAGUGCAAGAACCGCUGCGUCAAGGAGGACACGACCAACUUAGAUCUUUGGGCCAUGAUGGGCGAGGACACCGUGGGUCAAGCUUUCUGCCACGAAUUGUAUUCCCAUCACAUCCACUGGAUCCACAAUUCCUACGUCCACGGGUACUACGAAAUGUGCGGAGGUCCUUGGGAAUACACGGGAAUGGAUUCCCAGCAACAGCUCUGUUGCAGCAGAGGCCAGCAGAAACACUGCAUCGCCUAGACGAACGAUAGAAAUAUAACAGCAAGUUUCAGAAGGAUACCUUGAAAAAAAAAAAGUUUUACAAGGGUGCCUUGAAACAUAAGAACAAAAGCAAGUCGUCUGUAGAAGGAUACUCUGAAACUUGACAACAAAAGCAAGUCGUCUUUAGAAGGAUACCUUGAAACAACAACAAAAAUACGUCGUCUUUAGAAGGAUACCUUGAAACAACAACAAAAAUACGUUGUCUUUAGAAGGAUACCUUGAAACAACAACAAAAAUACGUCGUCUUUGGAAGGAUGCCUUGAAACAACAACAAAAAUACGUCGUCUUUGGAAGGAUGCCUUAAAACAACAAAAGCUAGCCGUUUUAGAAGGAAGCCCUGAAAACCAACAACAAAAACAAGUCGUUUUAGUGUUUUAGAAGGAUACCUUUCAACAUAACAACAGAAAACUAGUUUUGGAAGGAUACCUUGAAAAAAAAGUCGUUUAGAAGGAAACCUUGAAGAAAAAAAACGAGUUUUUUUAGAAGGAAACCUUGACUCUGCCUUGGAUGCCAUCAAUUCUGUCAAAGGUUAUUCGGCUUUUAAUUAAUAAACUUUUCCUAAGCUUUGUCGCCGCCUGUUUCUGUA